GAAGAGGCAAUUGUUGUGUAAACAGCGAUAUGCCGUUAGGUUCAAAAUAACUUCUGGGUUGCACUUUAACCGUAGCCUGCAGUUGGAGAGGGAAUCCACUGAGUUGUUUAUGUGUGAUAGUAAAGCUACUGUACAUUUAUAAGGACGUUUUGGGGUUGAGGAUGCCGCGCCGUACGCUGUAUGAAAACCGGCAGACAGGACUCGACUUUAUUGAGUUCCUGGGCGAAAGUAAUCGGCAAUCUGUCAAAUUUUCUAAACCUGAACUCAAAGAUAUCUACAACAACGAGUUCCGGAACAGGGAUGUCAAGGACUCAAAUUUUUCAAACGUUUUGUUUGCACUUUGCCAUGCGAAUAAAGCGCGUGUGAUCCGUGGGCGUGUGCACUUAAAUCCGAGGGUGAGACUGCUGGACCAGUGGAGACAGCCCCGAAAUCCUCCCGCCCCCCCGCCACCAUCGACCAAUGGCACGCCAACGCCAGGGGCCGCCUCUGAGCCAGAGUCUCCCGUCAAGGCCCGGAGACAACUGGCCGCAAGUAUCCUCUCCAAGAUCAGCAGGGAUAGGUCAGAGUUCACGGCUGAGCGUGGUGGCGUGCGGAUCUCCUCGGCGCAUCAGCAGGGUGAGGGGCGUGUGUGUGUGAGUGUGGCGGGCGCGGAGGAGAGCGAGGUCCAGCUGUGCGUGGAGAACACGGGCGACGCGGCGGUCAUCUUCUGCUACUACUCCCUGCUGCACUGGGUGGCCUGCUUCAGCCUGGAGGACCAGCACAGGGUCACCCGCGCCCAGCCACUACACCUGCCGCCAGGAGAGCAGUAUGGCGUGACCCUGCGGUUCCGCUCGAGGCACGUCGGGUUCUACCAGGCCACACUGGUGUUUGAGUUCCGGUCGGCGGCGCCGGAGAACAGCGCGCCCUUCCACAUCCUGCGCUUCAUCGAGGGGGCGCACACCUCCGCGCUGACCGAGGCCCUGGCGCCCACCGCCCCCUACACGCCACGCAGGAUCCACGCCAGCCAGCACCCCAACGCCAGCGUGGUGGACGGACUGCGCCCAGACAGCUUCGUGGUCCAGAACCUGAAACUAGAGCUGGUUUUGAAGAGCUAUGAGAUUCCCCCCUACAUCAAUGACCUGAUCGCCUACAUGAGUCGCAGCGGAUCUGCCUCCAUGGACAAGGUCUACACCCUGAAAGCAUUGCUGGAGUCUCCGUUGACCUUUGAGAACUACACAGAGCGUUUCCAGGUGCUUCUGCAGCUCGAGGAGGCUCAGAUGCAGCUGGACAUCCGGCAUUACGACAUGGAGGACGCUAAGAUGGUCAAAGACCCCAGCAACAAGAGACUGCUGGUGCUCAAGGUGCCUGGUGUUGCAGAGAACCGACCCUCUGUUCUCAGGGGCGACCACCUCCUGGUCAUCAAGUCCAGAGAGCGCGACCAAGAGAACGUGAGCAAGUACAAGGGCUAUGUGCACCGUGUGGAGUGGGAUCAGGUCAAGCUGGGAUUCGGAUCAAAACUGCUGAAUGCCUUCCUGGACAACAUGGACUUUGAUGUGGAGUUCACGGUGAACCGGCUGCCCGUCAGGCUCACGCACAGAGCUGUGGAGUUGGCCAAGGAACACGACCUACGUGACCUGCUCUUCCCCACGGGGGCAAAGGUCACGACCCCUGCAGAGCUGCCCAAGCUCAGGCUGUAUGACCGUAAGCUGGAGGGCAACAGUGAGCAGUACAGUGCUGUCCAGAGCAUAGUGGCCGGAGUGUCCAGACCAGCUCCUUACCUGCUGUUUGGACCACCUGGGACCGGCAAGACCGUCACCGUCGUGGAGGCCAUCAAACAGCUGUAUGAUUCUCCCUCCUGCACCCACAUACUGGCGUGCGCUCCCUCUAACAGUGCUGCUGACCUGCUGUGUGAGAAGGUUCUGGACCACGCCGACACACACCAAGUCUACCGCCUCUACGCCAGCAGCAGAGACCCUCGCUUCAUACCUGAGGCCGUCCUGGAAUGCUGUAACUUUGAUGGUGAGGAUGUGUUUGUGUUUCCCACCAAAGAGGAGUUAAUGGAGUUCAAGAUCGUGGUGACCACUGUGGUGACGGCUGGACGGCUUGUAAGUGGCGGUCUGCAUAAGGGCCACUUUAGUCACAUAUUUAUAGACGAGGCUGGUCAUGCCACUGAGCCAGAGGUCAUCAUCCCUGUGGCAGGGUUACUGGACCCCAUGUCAGGUCAGCUGGUUCUGGCUGGAGACCCUAAGCAGCUCGGCCCCAUCCUCAGAUCACCCAUCGCCAAGCAACACGGCCUGGAGUUGUCUCUGCUGGAGAGGUUAAUGAAAAACAACCAACUGUACAAGAAGGAUGAGACAGGCCACUACAACAGCCGCUAUGUCACCAAACUGCUGCUCAACUACAGGUCCCAUAAGAGCAUCCUGAAGAUCCCUAAUGAACUGUUCUAUGAUGGAGAGCUGGUGGCCAGCGCUGAUGAGAUGGCCACUCACAUGUACUGCAGAUGGGAGCACCUGCCCAAGAAGGAUUUCCCAUUGAUCUUCCACGGGGUAAUAGGCAAGGACGAGAGGGAGGCCACCAGCCCGUCCUUCUUCAACCGCUCCGAGAUCGACGUCGUCAUGGGAUACCUGAGGAGGCUGCUGCUGGAAGGCCAGGGGAAGAAGGGUGUGGCCCGCAUCUCCCCCAAAGACAUCGGCAUCAUCGCCCCCUACAGGAAGCAGGUGGAGAAGAUGAGACAGGCCAUCGAGAAGCACGACCAAGAGCUGAGGAAGAUUAUGGACAUCAAGAACCUGAAGGUGGGCUCAGUAGAAGAGUUUCAGGGACAGGAGAGACGAGUGAUUAUUGUAACGUGUGUACGUAGCAGCGGAGAACACCUGACUUUCGACGAGAAGUUCAACAUCGGCUUCCUCAAGAACGAGAAGAGGUUUAACGUGGCCAUGACAAGAGCUAAAGCCCUGCUCAUCGUGGUGGGAAACCCCAUUAUCCUCAGGACAGACCCUACCUGGGGCAGGUUCCUAGAGUACUGCUUGGGUGAGUCGGGCUACACAGGAUAUGACUUCAGUAGCACAGAGGGAGUAGAUCAGGUGGUGGCUCGUCUGACUGCUCUCAACAUCGGCCAGGAGACCCCAGUGGACACAGGCGAGAGUGUCGUGCAGCAGAUGUUGGACCCCGAGUGGAGAAAUGAGCAGUAGCCUGAUUAUUGAAGCUGUACACACACACAUGCACGCACGCACGCACACACACACACACACACGCCAUACUUUUAAAAAACAUUGCUUGCUUUCUCAGAUGAGCAAUAGUUUUUGAAGUGUUAUUUCCAGCGUUAAGUUCAGUACUCAUGAGCAAGAGUCAUGAGGUUAUGAGCUCUAAAAGAGAUUUAACAAUCUCAUUUUGAUAUUUAUUAACCAUUUUCAAGUUGACGGGAUUCUAUUGUCCAUAGUGGACAUAAAGAUAUAAAUGAUUUGUUUUUUAAUUCACGUGAAUUAUAUUCUAUGAAUUCUCCCAAAAGUAUGAAAGUUCAACAGCAUAAGUCACAGCACACAUCUGAACACCUGCAGGCUAUCAGCCCAUUUUAUGGGGUGCUGGUUGUGAUGUGUGUGGAGGAAGACCCUUAUGUGGAGGUCGAGCACAAACGGUCACAGACUACACACACCACGCCUCAUUUGGGGUUGUGUAUUUACCAUACAUAGUCAAAUAGAGUUGUCUUCCGGCACAAACACGCUGCAAUCUAGUGCCAGUUCAUUUAGCUCUGCAGUGGUCAUAUUUAGUUCCCUCAGAUUUAUUGUUUUAGCUCAAGUUUCACUUAAAACACACACACACACACACACACACACCAACAGUUCCAAAGUCUUACCAGACUUACCAGAUAUUAUCGUUAUCGGUUUAUGAAAAAUCCGUUUAACACACCUAGGCUUCUGUCAAUAUCCUGCUUUCUUUGAGACAUGUAUGGAUCAUUCCAGUUACCUGAUCAUUGCCAGUAAUCUUUUUUUUUUUGUGUACAUGUAAACGCGCUCAAUGGGACUGGCUACACCAGACGCGUUAGCGGUGCAUACAUUAAAAAAGAAAAAGAAAUGUAUUUUUACAGUACACGACUGGAGCGUUUCAGAUACACAGCCAGUGCAGCCCAGGUGUCACACUCCAUAUGGAUCCUCCAGCGCAUCCCUGGGCCCAGUGUUUCAAAAGGAAUCUAGUGGGAUUUCAGAUAACGGAGUGGAUCAAAUCUUGGAAAUGGGUUUUUCAAAAGCAAAAAAGACAUUCCAAAAUAAGAUCAGAUCCUGUUAUCAGAUCCUUAUUUGAUCUGGAUCAAACCUGCCCUUUAAAUUCUUCAAGACUUUGAACUUGAUCAAAGCUCUGGUAAACGGGAUUUGGUAAUCCUUAAAUUCCGUAUUUGCCUCACAGUGAUCCAAUCCGAUGUUCCUUUUAAAAAACUGGCAUAAAAGUCAGAUGGAUCAGGCGAUCCUGGAUAGCAAGACAUGGGAUUUACAAACCUGAUUCUGAUUCAGUCAUCACCACUCCACGGCCCUCAUUCUUCACUUAUCCCCCUGAUUCAGUUCAUCUCCACUGUGAUUCUCUUUAGUUGAUUCAGUUCAUCUCCACUGUGAUUCUCUUUAGCUGAUUCAGUUCAUCUCCACUGUGAUUCUCUUUAGCUGAUUCAGUUCAUGUCUGCCACUGUUUAGUUGAUUCAGAUAGUGCUCAUGGGUGCCUCUCAUUCGUGUUUUAUACAUCCUCCCUUCCUUCCUCCGUCCUCACUGAUCUAGAUAAAGAAUGAUGGGGCGGCAACAGGAUAGUCUAUCCAGUGUUAGUUAUAGAUCAUUGGGAACGAGUCUGGAGGACCGAGCAUCGAGGAUCGAGGAGGGAUGUUGAGAGAGGCCCAAUGUCUGUGUAGCUGAAUCGGUUCAUAUUCUCCACUGUGAUUCUCUUUAGCUGAUUCAGUUCAUGUCCACCACUGUGAUUCUCUUCAGCUGAUUCAGUUCAUGUCCACUGUGAUUCUCUUCAGCUGAUUCUCUGUGUGUGUUUAUCCGGCUUGAUCUGUCAGUACUCAGGGUGUAUUGAGAUUUUGUAUUGAAAAUAUUUGUAUGUGAUUGCAUCGCAAUAAAAAUAAAUAUUUCGGUCA